CUGUGAUUGCAGGGCUCUCUGCUCCGGAUUUGGCAUUCGCAUUCUGUCGUCUUCCGGCAGACCUGGUUGCUAUAUAGUUCACCUCCCCGUGAGCUUAGUCCUCCACGGCAAUGAACUAGAAUCUACACCAUCGUUGGCAGCGAGUGACCCCGGGAGGUAACCCCGACUCGAGAUCAGCCCGAGCUCACAAGACCCUUCCCAUCCAUGUUGAGGAUUCUUUAAAAGAAUCGAGGUCGGUUUUUGCAUCGAGGUGCAGGAAUCCGAGCUCUCGCAGAGCUGCUGGGGAUAGCGGCCAGGUAGUAGCAGCAGCAGCAGACAUGGCCGCCCUUCCUGAGUACGUGUGGCUCGUCGUGGUGGGGGCCUUCGUGGCCUUCGGGUUCGGUUGGGGAACAGGGGCGAACGAUGUCGCCAAUGCCUUUGGGACAUCGGUCGGGAGUAAGACGUUGACAUUGCGGCAGGCAGUUAUUAUUGCCUCCAUCUUCGAGUUCGCCGGAGCGCUUCUGCUCGGCCGAGUGUCCACCAAUACGAUAGCAUCGGGGAUUGCGGACAUCAAUGCGUUCUCGAGAGAUCCUGAGGUGUAUGCCUACGGAAUGGUCUGCGCUCUUGCUGUGGGCACAGUCUGGCUCAUCUUUACCUCUUGGAUGGGACUCAAUGUGUCGUCCACUCACUCCAUCAUCGGUGGAAUUAUCGGAUUCGCUCUCGUGUGGGACGGUGCCAACGCCGUCACGUGGGCUGAGAAGGACGAUGGUGCAUUCCCUCCUUACAAGGGUGUCGUCGCCAUUGUUCUCUCGUGGUUCAUCGCUCCGGUUCUCACCGGAUUGGCCGCAGCCAUCAUCUUCUUCGUCGUGCGAACCUUCGUGCUGCGCCGCCAGAAUGCGUACGCUCUGUCCUUCUGGACUCUGCCACCAUUCGUGUUGAUCACCACCUUCAUCAACAUGUACUUCAUUUUCACCAAGGGUGCCAAAAAAGCAUUGUCGAGUGAUGACAGCUGGACCGACGCCAAGGCGGCGUGGGUGUCUGCAAUCGUCGCUGCUGGAGUGACGCUGCUCUGCAUCUUCGUCGCCCUCCCCCUGCUGAAGAAGAUGGCUGCCCGCCAGUUCGACACCGAGGGAAGGCCAAUCCCUCAGCCCGUAGUUCCCGUGGCCACCGAGAUGACCGCCGCCGACAUCGAGAGGGCGCACGGGCACAACUUCACGCACCCCGUGGCCCCUCUCCCAGUGGAGCUGUCCAACUGGCAAAAGUUCAGCAAGGCUGCCACUCGCGGUAUGGACGUGGACAUUCAUGCCUUCGUCAAAACCGACGAGAAGUUAACCGAAAUUCACGAGGCCGCAGAAUUGUUCGAGCCUCGUGUGGAGUACGCUUUCUCUUACCUGCAGGUUUUUUCCGCCAUUUGUGUGAUUUUCGCCCACGGUGCCGGUGAGGUUGGAUACAUGGCAGGGCCAAUGGCCACCAUCUGGGAUGUGUACCAGAAGGGAUCGUUGUCUUCCUCAGUCAAGCCCCCUGUCUGGAUUGUCCUCAUCGGAGCCAUCGGUCUCGUUAUCGGUCUUGCCACUUACGGGUACAAUGUGACUCGUGCUAUGGGAGUGAAACUCGCCAAGUUGACACCUACCAGAGGAUUUGCUGCCGAGCUCGCCACCGCUUUCGUGAUCAUGAUCGCCUCUCAGUAUGGUCUGCCCACUUCUUCCAGCCAGUGUAUCACCGGAGCUAUCAUCGGAGUCGGUCUUUUGGAGGGAUCCAAGGGAGUGAACUGGACUCAAUUUCUGAAGCAGUUUGCCUCGUGGGUGGCAACUUUGUUCGUGAUUGGAACUGUCGUGGCCGCAGUGUUUGCGCAAGGAGUGUAUGCUCCCAGCAAGCUUUCAGGAAAGGAAGUGAGCAGGUACGAGGAUCGUGUUACGGAGUUGACGAACACUAUGUAUGCGGAUUUCAACGCCAGCCUUCAGCAGUACAGGGUGCCGAGCGAGAGCGGCUUGUUGGUCAAUUUGCCUGCGGCAACAUGGGCCCAGCUCAACGAGACAGUUGCAACCAACGCUGUAGUUGCCAAGACUCUGGUCGAUCCUAAGCUCACGCAGACCGUGCACAUCGAGGCUGUGCUGGAUUCCUUUUACCACUCUCUGUCACUGAUGCAGAACUACACUGUAUUCACUCUCGGUCAAAAUACAGUCUUCCCAGGAGCGAAUGUCUGCAGCGACCCUGCAACAGGCGGUGCUAAUUCGACGUCACCUUGUCAAUCGCCGACAUUGCUUCCAGCCGAAUAUGUACAAUAGUGGAGCGACUUGUAUAGUGUUUAUUUUACUGCAGCCAGCGGAGGGAAAGGGUGAAAUAGAAAAAUAUUCUCGCUAAGUUGAGAAGUCCAAAUAUUCGACUGGUAUAUAUAUGUCGCUUGAGUUCUUCAAGCACGAGGGUACAGAUCUUAGCAAUCUCACAUACACGAAUGAAGAACUUCGUCCUGUGAGAGAGAGAAUUGUACGUUUAUCAACAUACAACGGCAGCUGUUCGACGACAUAAUUAGUACUGUCGCCUGAGUGAUACUUGAGAAGUGUGGAUUGUAAAUCGUUAGCCCGCUGAAAGAAAACUUUCAUCUUGUGGGGUAAAUUUUUUUAUAAAAUGUGAAUGAAAUAAAUUCAUAUUCCUAGCACACAGCGGAGCAAUUGUGACGGCUUGAUAUCUUAGAGAAGUUUCUGAUGUAACC